AUGGGGUAUAGGAGGGACGCAGAACAACAUGGUGUGCCCCAAACAACUUUAGAAAGAUAUGUCGCGAAAAAAAGAAAGGAUCAACAAAACUUUGUUGUUGAUAAAUCUGUUGGAAAAUUUCGCAGCGUUUUUUCACAAGAACAGGAGAUAGAACUUGUAAAACUUGUAGACUAUUUAAAAUCUAUGGAAUCAAGACUUUUUGGAUUAACCAUGAUUGACUUUAGACGUCUGGCUUUUCAAUUAGCUAUACGAAAUCAGUGUCAACAUAAAUUUAAUGCUGCAUCUGAAAUGGCUGGCAAGGAUUGGAUGCAAUGUUUUUUAAAACGCCACCCUACUUUGACGCUGCGAAAACCAGAAUCAACUACUGGAGCUCGAGCUAUGGGAUUUAAUAAGGUUGCGGUAGCACAAUUUUUCCACCUUCUUUUGGAAACAGUAGACAAAUAUAAGCUAGCUGGUGAACACAUUUAUAACUGUGAUGAAACGGGGUUGACUGUGAAUCCAAAGGGCCAUACCAAAAUCUUAGCCUUGAAAGGAAAGCUUCAGGUUGGCACCCUAACUUCCGCCGAACGAGGAGAAACCAUAACUGCUGAAAUCUGUUUUUCUGCUGCUGGAGCAUACAUGCCCACCUAUGCUUAUUUUUCCAAGAAAACGGAAGCAACAGUCAUUUGA